ACAGCGCCACAAAAUCCAACCUCAAAUGUUGCAGUGAAGAAUUUCAUGCGGUAUUUUUCAAGAAAAUCCUAGUAAAUUUGCAAUCCAGUGAUGCUGUUGCGAUUGAGUAGGAUACUUCCCACCAGAAAACCCUUCAACAUUGUUCCCGGACGAUUGCUUUCCGCUGAAGCCACGAAAACCAAGAAGCCCAGGAAGAAGGCCAGCAAACAUGAUCAGCAGGAGGACAUGGCGGUGAAGUACACAGAGAGCCAAGCGGGUUUGUGGGCGGCUGAGCAGAGUAGGACGGGGCCCAAGGCUGCGGGCGUGUGGUAUCAGCCGUACGUCAUCGUGGCGAGCCUGGUCGUGUUCAUGCUGUACUUCUGCGUCAUCCGGGAGGAGAAUGACAUCGAUCUGGAGCUGCAGAAGUCCCUCUACGAUCGCAUCGAGGGCCUGGAGGAGACUCAGCUGCGCAUCUCGCGCACAUACAACCUCGAGAACGGUCUGGACGUGAAAGACAUCGACGCGCGACUCCGGGAACUCGGCGCUAAAAUUUAGUCAAAUCUCCAUAAUAUAGUUUCCUAGCCAUU